UUCUACUCGAAAAAACAAAAAAAAAAAACACUAUUCCGUGCUUUCUCUUCUAUUUUGUCCUUCUCUCUCUCCCUGUCUCUCUCACACACAGCAACCAUCGGAUUCAGGAAAAGAAAGGGGACGUAGUGACGGUUAAGGAUUCCUAUUUCUAAGCACGGCAACAAAAGGGAAAUCAUCUCGUCUUCUGUAAUUGAAACACAAAGCUGGAAAAUCCAAGGGACACGGUCUAAAAGAUGAGGCGACAAUUAGCUUCUUAUUCUUCAGUGUUGUUUUCUACCUUCAGAUCGUAUGUGGUUCCUAAUCAGGCGGCUUAUACAUUGAAAUUUGUGGAGCUCUUUGCCACUGAAAUUGAAAUUCCGGCAAAGGGGGGAUUUUCCUCCAGAGAGAAAGUUCCAUUUAUAUCUUUUGUCCUAGGUGGCCCUGGUAGCGGUAAAGGUACACAAUGUGCAAAGAUUGCACAUACUUUUGGUUUCACACACCUAAGUGCCGGUGAUUUGUUAAGGACAGAAAUAUCUUCCAACAGUGAAAAAGGUGCAGUGAUCCUCGAAACUAUCAAGCAAGGAAAGAUUGUUCCAUCAGAAGUGACUGUUGAUCUGAUCCGGAGGGCUAUUGAGUCAAGUAAAAACCAUAAAUUUCUCAUAGACGGCUUUCCAAGAAGUGAAGAGAACCGUAUUGCCUUUGAAAAAAUUAUGGGAGCAGAACCAAAUUUUGUGCUUUACUUUGACUGUCCCGAAGAAGAAAUGGUGAAGCGGGUUCUCUGCCGUAAUGAGGGGAGAGUUGAUGAUAAUAUAGAUACUCUGAAGAAGCGACUUAAAAUUUACGAGUCAUUGAACUUACCUGUCAUCAAUUACUACUUGGCAAAGGGAAAAGUUCACAAGAUCAAUGCUGUAGGACCAGAAGAGGAAAUAUUUGAACAAGUUCGUCCCAUUAUCUCUUCAUAUGAGGGAGCCUGCAGGGAUUUUAAGUUUUCACCUGUAUCGAUUUUAAACUCACUAAGUUUAUCUGCAGGGAGCGUGCAAAUGAACAUGACUCGUGUAAUGGAGUUCGGGAGACUGUUUCUUUUGUGAUCAAAUUAUAGGAAGAUAUAAACAUCAAAAAGUAAAAGAAAGGAAAAAAAAAGGGUACCGAGGGGAAUGUCCUAGCUUUUAAAUGGAAUUUUCCAACCUUGAAGUCAAAUGCUGUAUCCUGUCAUUUUGUUCUUGGGAAGACGUUUUGUACAAAUCACUAUGGAAGAUCAAACGAUAAUUGCCUACGACUUACCAUUACUACUGUCGAUACCUUUAUUUACCACUGUAUUUUGUUUCUCUCUAAAUGUUGCAAUGAAUAAUCUUCGGUUGUUUCAUUGUUGAA